UUUAGCUUUUACGGCAAUAUGGCUGCAUCCAUAGAUCCAGACGAGUAUCUUACUUAUGAACCAUCUUUGAAGAAUAUAGUAGAGCAAACAUCUUUAAAAUGGGUCUUUGUCGGUGGAAAAGGUGGAGUAGGGAAAACCACUACCAGCUGCAGUCUUGCUGUUCAGUUGGCCAAGAAAAGAGAGACUGUUCUCAUGAUCUCAACAGAUCCUGCUCAUAACAUUUCUGAUGCAUUUAACCAGAAGUUCUCAAAGGUUCCAACUCUUGUGCAGGGAUUUCCUAAUCUCUAUGCCAUGGAAAUUGACCCAAAUCUGGGUUUCUCUGAGUUGCCAGAUGAAUAUUUUGAACAAGCCGACAUGAUGAACAUGGGGAAGAAUAUGGUACAAGAGUUGCUUGGAGCUUUCCCUGGUAUUGAUGAAGCUAUGAGCUUUGCUGAAGUGAUGAGGCUUGUAAAGAAUAUGAAUUUCUCAGUGGUAGUGUUUGACACUGCCCCAACCGGCCACACACUUCGUCUCCUGUCAUUCCCAACUGUUAUAGAGAAGGGUCUUGGGAAACUGCUUCGCCUCAAAAACCAAAUCAGCCCUUUUAUUUCCCAGAUGGCAGGCAUGUUGGGGAUGCAAGACUUGAAUGCUGAUCAGAUGUCCCAGAAGUUUGACGACAUGCUGGUGACCAUCAGACAGGUCAACGAACAAUUCAGGAAUGCGGACCAAACAACAUUCGUGUGUGUGUGCAUCGCUGAGUUUCUGUCUCUGUACGAGACAGAGAGACUGGUCCAAGAGCUGACUCAGUACCAGAUCGACACUCACAACAUCAUCGUCAACCAGCUUCACAUGGCAAAGAAAGGGGAAGAGCCGUGCAAUCUCUGCAGAGCUAGGCAGAAGAUACAGGCCAAGUAUCUGGACCAGAUAUCUGACUUGUAUGAAGACUUUCAUAUAACGAAACUGCCCCUGCUAGAUACAGAGGUCCGUGGUGUGGACAAGAUCAAAUCUUUCUCCAAACACUUGAUGGAGCCCUAUUCCCCCGACUAACGACCUCCUGGCCUAUGUCACCUGGACGAGAGGACCCUCCUUCAUCUGUGUAACAAAUAACUACCGUAGUCACCAUGUCAUUACAAUCAGACCUUUAUUCCAAUACAGUACCUUUCUGUGUGAUGAUCUGACAACCCUUCCACAGAAGGUCCGGUCAGGUCAACUUUCUAAUCGGCCAAUCAGCGUUUAAGCACUCAGAGCAGUAUAUCUGAUUUGUGUAUCAAAUAAAUGAACUUAAAUAACCAGUUCUGAAUGUAAAUAAAAGAAGAAAUGUCAUUAUAAGGUUGUGGAUAUUUAAUAUAUCAACACCCAAAACUGAGUACCAUCAAAGGAAUAUUUGCGGUCUGUGUUUGCUUUCUUUUGUUAAAAAUAAAAAUUUCCAAAUCAAGGUGGUGAAGAGAUGGAAGCUGAAUCAGUUUAGAAAGCUGACAUCUGUUUGGCUCAAGAAGCAAUGCAUCUUUCAUUUAAAAUGGGUGGUCAAAUUUCAUUCAAGGUUCACCCGAUGAGCCCUUUUAUGGUGGGGUUGUCAGAUCUUCACACACAGGUACCGUGUCAGAGUAAAAGAUUUGCUUUUAAUGAGAUUGCUGUGGUCCGUUUCUGCUGGCAACAGGAAGUAUUCAAACAAGUAGACUUUGGCAUCAAAUAUGAGUUUGCAUUUGUUAUAUUUUUUCAUAAAACAUUUUGCAAAUUGUUUUUUUUGGAUAGGUAUUUUUAUUCUUUGGCAAAAAUUAUAUUGUUCUCUUAUGCCAAAAAAAACCAGGGCUCAAUUCCCCAGUUGGUUGCAACGCUAUUGUGUGCACCCGAUCAUGUUAGUGUUGCAAUUUUUCUUAAAGCAAGGUAAAGCCCUAUUUGCUAACUCAAGUUAUGAUGAAAUUUUUGUUAAACAGGAGCACAACCAUGGCAACCAUACAGUCUAUGAUUAUGUUAAUGUUUGUACUUUAAUUAAGUAUCUUGACUGCCUUUAAGUUUUCUUUAAACUGGUGAAGAGUUAUGGCAAGGAUCCCAUCCUAAACAGCAUCCUUGUGUAUCCAGUGUAUGAUAUCUCCAAUAUGUCUCAAUUUCAACUGGGAACUUCAGAUAAGACAUUUUGAUUGGUUGUUGAUUUGAGGUCAUGUGCCAGAGAUGUUCUUAUCCAAGGUAGAGACAAGAGAGAUAGCUCGGAGAGACAUCCUUCAUUAGCCAGGGUUUUUUAUCUCAAUUCUAUUAUAUUUAACACCCUUGACAUUGGUGCUGUUAUAGCUUUGUUUUGAGUCAGAUUUUAUUUGCAUUAUAAAGCAUCUAAUCAGUUACACUCAUGUAAAUUCUGUGGGAAGUUAUGAUAAGAGAGAUUGAUAUAGUGACAUCACUUCCCAAAUGAAACUAUGGUCAUGAAUUUACGCAGGGUAUUUAUUGUAAUAGAAAAGAGAAAUAAUUCCCUGGGUAACUGAGGGUAAUAAACAGGACCAGGAUUUCCCUGACAACUGAGGAGUGGUUCUCUACAGGUGUAGCCAUGUUGUCAGGCUGUAGUUUGUGGGUGUUUUCUGUACUGUGUAUUUACCUAAAUAUGGUACGUGAAGCCUGUGUGAAUGAAUGAAAGGUUUUACAAAUAUUUGUUUGGUAAAAUUCUAUCCUGUAUGUUCUUUCAUUUGAUUGAACAUUUAUAGUAUGUUCAUUUCAGUUACUCAGAGACUUUUCUUGCAUCUAAAGAGCUUGUGUUUCAAUAGCCUGAGGUGAAAAUUUGGUAUGACUGGAAUUAAAUUAAUGACAAGCAUAAUGGCCAUGAGAAAAGAUAUUCUACUACAUCUCUUCAGAAGUUAAGCAGUAAUUGUCACCUUGCAUGGUACAUGUACAUAUAUUUAUUUCACUACUACGGCCAUUUAGAUGACUGUGGUCUGUACAGAGUUGUCUCCCUUAGCAAUGCUAGGAUCUCCUGACCAUGGGUUUGAAUCCUAGAUUUGCCCUGAUAAUGACCCUUGGUUUGUCAGCACCACACCCAGGCUGUUGGGUAUCAUCAAAGUGUCGACAACCUGCAUCGCUUCAGACUUUCCGCCCACAUCAAGCUGACAUGAUAUGAGGGAAAUACUUGAGAUGUCAAAGCCAACCUUCUCCCUCUUACCUUUGUAAUACUUUCGAUAGUAUAAAGUGCAUGUAUUUGUCUGAUGAAUAUAUGAAUGAUUUUACUUUGUUGCCAGUUUGGUUUUGCCCCUUUUUUGAAUAAAUCAUGGAAACAUUCUCAGUUUAAUGAUCAGAAAUCACAACAGUGCCCUGAUUAUUUGAAUUGCCAACAGUAGAAAUUAAUUAGGAAUCACUUUCCUGUUUUUUGCGACAUUUUGAAGAAAUGCAUUCUUAAUGGGCAUUAUGUAAAUAUGAAUUGAUUGUUUAUGUAACUCAAAUAUGUCAGCUUAUGUGUCCUGUACUUCUUGUUGAUGUCAAGUGAAUGGUAUACUUCUGUGAGUUCUACCUCCAACCAUAGUUUCUGAUUACUUUUUAUUAAUAAUGAUAGCACUCGACUGAAAAGGGUAAUUAUGUCAAUAUCAUUCUUAAUCUUCAGAUCCAUGUAUGUUAACAAAAUAAAAGAACACUUCUAUGUCCA